CAUUGUCUACAAUCUAACGUAUUCAGCUCUGGCGAGGAAGAGGCCGAGGAAGAGGAGCAGCCUGAGGCAGCCGAAGAAGAUGCUGUAGAAGAGGAGAAACCAAAAGCCCCAAGACCUCCUCAGCAGCAACAGGAAGAGAAACCACCAGCAGAGAUGACUGAAGCCGAGGCAGCAAUGAUGGCAGCAAAGAAGCGUCACGAAGAGGAAGAGGCUGCCAAGCUUCUGGAUUACGAACAACGACGACAGCUUGAGAAGGAGCGUAUUGAGAACGAGCUGCGUGAGCUAAAGGAGAAACAGGAAAAACGACGUGCAGAACGAGAAGCCGAAGAGAAAGAGUUUGCCGAAAGACGCCGACAGGAUGAAGAACGACGUCGUAAGGAAGAAGAAGAGCGAAAGAGCAGAGCAGACGCUGAGAAGGCACGUAAAAACGAGGAAAAGUCCCGUCGCCAACAAAUGAUGGCUGGCUCGUUUGCCGGUCAUGCGUCAGGCAGUGAAGGACGCAAUUUCAAGAUAAACCCCAAAGGAGAACAGGCAGCUCAGUUCGGCAAUCUGGCACAAGGACCAAAAACGGAUAAUCAGUCGAAGGAACAACAAGAAGAAGCAAAGCAGGCUUUCUUGGCAAUCGUUUGUCGUUCGGUGGAUAUAUCGUCGUUGCUUCCAAACGAUCUCAAAGAACGAAUCAAACAGUUACAUAACCGUAUCUGUAAAUUGGAGGCCGAUAAGUACGAUCUGGAGAAGCGUCAUGAACGUCAGGAGUAUGAUAUGAAAGAGUUGCACGAACGCCAACGCCAAGUUGCCAGAAACAAGGCGCUCAAGAAGGGACUUGAUCCCGAAGAAGCUGCUUCAUCGCAACAUCCUCCGAAGAUUACGACUGCCUCCAAAUUCGAUCGUCAGAUCGAUAGAAGAUCAUAUGGUGACCGCCGAGAGCUGUUUGAGCACCCAGUCGUCAAGAAGCCACCAACCAUUGCUCGAGGUACCGCUAGACCUCCACCAGAAUGGGGCAGAAAGGAAAACGAAGAGCUUGAGCAGCUGAGAAAGAAUCUCGAACCUCCCAAAUACGUUGAACAAGUGAAGGCCGAAGGAGAUGCAGCUCGUCCACCUGUCCAGGCAAUUCCCUUGCAACUGCCCGACAAAGACUUCGAAGACGAGCCAGCCGAAGAACCUGUAUGA